ACUUCUUAUCCUUUACAACAGCUCUGUUAAUUAUGAGCACACAAAUAUCAUUUUACCACUGAGGUUUUCUUCCACAGAGCAAUCUGGUGCUGGUGUGUGUGUGUGUGUGUGUGUGUGUGUGUUUGUGUUUUGAUUUUCAGCUGGGAGGGGUGAGUCUCUCAUACACUUAAAGUAAACACACUCUUUCAUUUAAUAAAUGCGUGCCAAAGGCAACAAAGCCAUUUGAGGCUUUAUACUUUGCAGUGCUUCUAAAACUCCUCAUUAAGACCACUGGGCAACAACCGGGACAUUAUGCUUUGUAACUGCGCGCUGCUCGGCGAUUUUCGAGCACCGGACGGCGGAUUUGGACUGUGUGUCCGAGCUGAUCAGAACUAUGGUCGUCUUGGGUUCUCCUAAAGCAUCGCUGAGGAUAUAACCUUAAGGAUUUUUUUCUUAACCAGUUUCGGUUAAUUCUCUCUUGGAUACGAGAGCGAAACUGUUGCGCAAUGAAGUUGACGGGGUGGAUAGUCCAGCUGCUCCUAUUGGCCGGCGGAAGUGUGUGUUCACUGCAACGAGUCACACACAACCCAGAAAACAACGUCAUCUGCCCUCAGUCUCUUAACUGCAGUGUGAGAGAUACAGACCCUAUCACACCUCUUGAUGUGGUCUUUGGUCCUGUGUAUGUGUGUUCUUUGGCUGUGAAGCCAAAAUUGUGCUGCCAAGGGGAGGACUGCAAACCUUGUUUGUGGAUCAGCAUCAAGCUGAGCAUUAUUCCAGGUCUCAAAGAUGAGAAGGACAGAGAUACUGAGAGAUCAGAAUAUGAAGAGGAGAGCAGUGGGGACUGGGAUUCACAAUGUCUCUCCGUACCAGAUGACACAUCAAAAGGUCAAAGUAAAGAAUACUCUCUCUUUGAAGACCGGCUAGAUCAAGGUAGACCAACUACUAUUACAAUAUGCUAUCAACCAGCAGAAGGGCAGCGUGAGUGGUGCAAGAGAGUAGACUUCACAGUGACUUCUGCUGCAAGUCGUAAACUUCUCAUACUGAAUCUGGUGGAGUAUAAAGAUGUCACCUUUGGCAGAACAAUGAAGAUCACUGUUGGAUCAUUCACUAAGUCACAUGAAGUUGAAAUUAAUGUAUUCCCUACAUUAAAAACAGUGUGUUCCUUGCCAGGUCUAAAAGACAUAAAGCUGUGUAAAGGUCCCAGGGUCUCCAUUAAAAGAGAGGAGAGAGUGGUUAAGGUGCUCUUAGACGAUGAAGAUGAAAGAGCCUCUGAAGGCCUGUUGCUGUGUAUGAAACGUGGAAGAGAAGGAAAAUGCUCGCUUAUGUCAGAUAACAUCAUUCCACUGGAGUCAAUCACAUACUGCAUGUGUUUGCAGGCAUGGAAAAAUGAUUCAGUUCGUGUGGAAAUCUGUCCCUUUGAAAAAAAUGAAACAGAAUUUAAAGCCAAUGUCCUGAGCAACAUGUCCGUGUCUUUAGCCCACAUCAAAACAAACAAUGGUGAGCCGGUGCUUAGCUGGAAUUUAACAGCGCCCUGCAGGAUAAGCGCUGAAUCGUGGCCAUGUCAGCUCAAGGCAGAUGGGACAUGCGCAGAAGUUAAAGGAUUCAGACAGAAAUGCUGUAAUGAUUGGACAGAAAACAGCACAGCACUAUGGGCAUCCGGGAAAUUUGUGAAUAUCAGGUCUCAGAAUCACCAGCAGCUCUGCGUGAUGCUUGAAGUGGAUGGAAAGAUUGUGCGGUACUGUCAACACCCCAUGAAGCGACAGUACUGGAGCCUUCUUGUUCUUCUGCCGCUGAUCCUUCUCUGUCUUACUGCUUUUGGAGUACUUCUUCUCAAAUGGUCGCUUAGCGAAUGGGACAGAAGAUGUCAUUCUCAAGAUAUGAGGGGACAUGUGUUGUUGCUCCAUUCCUCUGCCACAGACCCACAGUUGGUGUGUAAACUGGGCCAGUUGCUCUCUGAGCUGGGUUUCAGAGUAUUUCUCGACCUGUGGAACCAAACAGAGCUCGGUUCUUGCGGCCCAGCAGCAUGGCUCCACUCUAAGCUCGAUCACAUCCAGAAACAUGGAGGAAAAGCCCUUCUGGUGCUUUCUCCAUCAACACUGCAGAGAGCCGAGCUGUACUGGAAAAUUGCAGUGGAAAGACAAAGCAAUCCUGCCACAUACUCCUCAGAUAUGCUGGCUUCGGCAUUGGGAUGCAUUUUUGCUGACCGUCAGAAGGGUUGUGCUGCUCGGCGGUUCGUCCUUGUGCAGUUAGACUUUGAUGAACUUCCCAUCAAUGAGGAGCAUGACAUGCCGAAGCUGUUGAGGGGCCUGCUGCUUUAUAAACUGCCCUCACAGUCUCAGGGAUUACUUAUGGAACUGUGUUUGGAGAACCCGACUAAUGUGAGCGGGAAGUUGAAGAAGAUGUGGUGGAUGAGAAAGGCACAGAGGAAGUUGGCCCAAGGAGUUCAGAACAUUUUGCAGAGGGUGAGGACUGAUUCCAUGCUCACUCAAUCCGAUUUACUCAGCCUAGACAUGGAAGACACAGAGGAAAUUGUUUUUCUCAAAAAAGAACAGCACUGAUGUGUCGUUUACUCCGUCAUCACACCAAAACAUUGUUUAGACUGUCAGUCACAAUCUGUCACUAUGGACAGUUUAAGUGAACAAUAAAAAACACCAGAAGGUAAAACUGUCCAAAAAAUCCUUGGUGUUGCCAUGUUUUUUAUAGGAAUGCUUGGAAAUGCCAAGGAUUUUUAGAUGUGUGCCAUCUCAUCAUGAUGAACCUUGGAGUGCUAUGUGAAUAUGGUAUAAUAUAGACAUUAUUUUAUAUAUAGACAAAUUUCCUGGGAUUGCUUGAGAAGGAAGUCUGCAUGUAGGACUUCCAAGUAUAAAUGAAGAAAUUACACAGUACAGAUGCUACAGGAAGUAAAGAAAUUGAAAACACUAAAUAUGCAAAUUCCCCAAAUAACAAUAUUCAUACUAUGUACAGUAUAGAACAAAAUUUACUCCUAUAUUUUCACUGGUAUUUGGAAGGAAAUUACCCUUAUGUUACUGUUUUCAGCAAAGCUUUUAGGGGAUGGAAAUAAUGGCAUUUGGCUAAUGUCUAUACACAAAUAUGUAAAUACUGUAUGGCUAUACAUACAUAC